AAGGCUGGCGUUAAAGAGUCCCAUGCUCCAAGCCACGGUAUUCACUUCCUCCUGGAGGAAUGUGAGCUUGGGAUCAGUGUGUUUCUAUCUGAAGGACAGAACAUGUGGGAAUGAUGGGGCUGCCAUGGUUGCUGGCGCUAGAACUUGUGCUGCAUGCGGGAUCGUUCAUGUGUGGAGUGAUAACAGCUGCCUCGGUCACCAUCACACAGAGUCACUUUGCAGGACAGUGCAUCCUCUAUGGCAGUAUCUACUUCAACACAUCUGACCAGUCAUUGGCAAUAGAAAGCUCCAGUUCUCCAUCAGUCUGCUAUUUUGUGUCCGCUAUCUCCAUGUGUGUGGCCAUUUACUGCUUCUCCAUCAUUCUCUACUGGAUCUAUGCGAGCUGUGUGGAUGGUUACGUAAAAAGGAGAAGUGUGGGCCUGAAUAUGUCCCUUGGGGUGUGUGGACUCCUCCUAUUUGUUCUCUUGGUGUCAGGGUGUAUUCUGAGGAUUGGUAGAGAUAAUCUGUGUCUCUCUGUCCUCCACAACAAUUCCUCCAUCAGCAGUUGUAAGGAAGCACAGAAUAUGACAUGGUCGAAUCCCUACAUAGGGAGCGAAUUUUACACACAACUGCACAGUGCUGAGAAAUCCGUGUGGGUGAGUUUCUUCUUCUGGCUGUUGGUUGUGGCGGUUUUGGUGGUGCAGAGACGCCAAGCUCUUAGUGAGGAGGACCAAUGGAGCUGUGAUGAAACCGAACCCUUCCUCCACCACCCGGCUCGAGUCCUGUGAACCCCACCACAAACUCACACCUCAACAUGUGGCACUAACAAGAUGACAUGUCCAGAAGAAAUUGGGAGAAAUUAUGUGGUUGAAUCCCCACCCUCACCCAAACAUAAAGAAACAAUUGUCUGAAAAGCCUAUUUGUAUUUUUCCCACUAUAACAUUGUUUUAUAAGUUAUAAAUAACUUUCAAUUUAAAAACUAUAUUAUGAA